GUCACGGAAUGAAAUGAUUUGAGCUAAUGUUCAUAAUCAGAGAAGUGCACAGUUUCCAUUUUCCUUGAGUCCCAUUUUCUGGGAAACGAAACGCUCUAAUCUGGGAUUUACUUCUCCGACGAAUGCUCUUGUCUGCACAUUCUUUUUCGGGUGUGGGGUUGGGUAUUGGUUGCUUUCCUUUGCGUCCCUCCCUCUCUCCCUCCUCAAUAUUCGCUCUCCUUCUCUCUCUUCCUUUUUUCUCUUCCCAUGUAUAUUUAUUAUAUAUAUAAAUAAAUGUCAGAUUGGAUUAUAUCAGAUUAGAUUAGAUUAGAUUAGACACAUGUUAACUUGUUGCAAGACUCAUCGCAAUUUUUCUUCAUUCACCAUCUAAACAAAAAGACAGUGACUACAGGAAGAGAAAGAAGAUGUCGGGAGUUUGGAGAUGGGGAAAAUUAAAAGAUAUGGCAACGAAGAAAGGUAAUGAAGGUUGGUGGCGGAUGUGGAACAAUUCCCGUUCCAAUUCCCAUUUCGAGGUGCCAAAGCGAAGUUUAGUGGUGAAUUGCUGCAGCCUUUAUGUGAGGCAGCAACGGCCGAUUGGGAUUGGAGUGCAACAGGAGAGAUACAAGUGGGACAGUGGCGCCGGUGCCGGCGAGCAGCACACUGCUCGGAGAAUUAGAGCGGAGGCAAAUUGCCCUCGCUGCUCUAAGCAAAUGGAUCUCCUUUUCACCAACCGCUCGCACCACCUUAUUCCUCCCGCCCAUGCUGCUGCUGAUGCUCUUCCCAAUACUAAUACUACUGAUAGUAGUAUCAGCCAUAGUAAGAAGACCAACAAUUCCUCCACCAACACCAAUACCAAUGAUAAGGAUGUGGGCAACAGCGCUUACCAGGCUGUUAAUCUUUGCCCCAGUUGUAAGACAGCUUACUACUUCAGGCCGUUCAAGAUGUCUCCUCUUCAGGGGAGUUUUGUUGAGAUUGGUCGAGUGAAAAACAAGAAAUCUAAUUCAGAGUUAACUGUUGAUCCUCGAGACAACUACGGAAAGAGGCUCCGUCCAUCCUUCUGGGAGACCUUGAGAUCAUACGGUAGUGAGAACUUGCCUCCACCUCCGGCCCCAUCCUCAUCAGGUAAUGGGAUUGCUGUGCAUACUCCACCUGGUCCACCUUUUGCUCCCGGUGUUGAUGUUGUUCGAGCAUCACCAAACGGCAAGCGUGGUGGUGGUGCUAAUAAUGGUGCAGAGAAGAGCACCUGGGGUGGGUCUAAUCUUGGUAAGAAUUUGCCCACACCAAAGGAGAUAUGUAAGGGACUAGACAAAUUUGUUAUUGGCCAGGAACGUGCAAAAAAGGUGCUUUCAGUGGCUGUGUACAACCACUACAAAAGGAUUUACCAUGCCACCUUAGACAAGGGGUUAGUGGCUUGGAUUUCUGUUUUGGAUCCUAAUACUAGGUCGGAAUCUGAAUCAUCCAGAUUAGAUGAUGAUGAUGAUAAUGUAGACUUGGAGAAGAGCAAUGUGCUUUUAAUGGGGCCAACUGGGUCAGGGAAAACGCUGCUUGCAAAAACGCUUGCUCGAUUUGUCAAUGUGCCUUUCGUCAUUGCAGAUGCAACAACUUUGACGCAGGCUGGUUAUGUUGGCGAAGAUGUUGAAUCAAUAUUGUACAAAUUACUCACUGUCGCCGAGUUUAAUGUGCAAGCAGCACAACAAGGGAUGGUGUACAUAGAUGAAGUUGAUAAGAUAACUAAGAAGGCUGAGAGCUUAAAUAUCAGCAGAGAUGUUUCUGGUGAGGGUGUUCAGCAGGCAUUGCUGAAAAUGCUUGAAGGGACUAUAGUAAAUGUUCCCGAAAAGGGGGCUAGGAAGCACCCUCGGGGCGAUAAUAUUCAGAUAGAUACCAAAAAUAUCCUUUUCAUUUGUGGAGGAGCAUUUGUCGAUUUAGAGAAAACUAUUUCCGAAAGACGGCAGGAUUCGUCAAUUGGGUUUGGAGCUCCAAUACGUGCUAACAUGAGAUCAGGUGGAGUUACUGAUGCUGCUAUCACAUCAUCCCUUCUCAAAUCUGUUGAAAGUAGUGAUCUGAUAGCUUAUGGCCUCAUACCGGAAUUUAUUGGGCGUUUCCCAAUUUUGGUUAGUUUGUCAGCCCUCACAGAAGACCAACUUGUUCAGGUCAUGACAGAACCAAAAAACGCACUUGCGAAGCAGUUCAAGAAGUUAUUUAAGAUGAAUAAUGUGAAGUUGCAUUUUACUGAGAAGGCUCUACGGAUGAUUUCCAACAAAGCAAUGACCAAGAACACUGGUGCAAGGGGGCUAAGAGCCAUACUUGAAAGCCUUCUUACAAAUGCUAUGUAUGAGGUUCCAGAUGCAAAGAUGGGGAAAGAUAGAGUUGAUGCAGUGGUUGUAGAUGAAGAGUCAGUAGGUAGUGUAGAGGUUUGUGGAUGUGGUGGUAAGAUACUACGUGGGGAUAGUUCUCUCGAGAGAUACCUUGCAGAAGCCAACUUCAAGGAUCAGGUGCAAGGACAAGGUGCAGUUGCAGCAGAGCUGCAGGAAGGGGAAAUGGAGGACUCGUCAAGAGCAAUGAGCAUGUAGCUUUUAUCAUGUCUUCAGUUUCUUUACCUUGUAAAGAGGAUUUUCAAGUUUUCACUGUUGUACUCUAAUACUUCAUUCACUCAUAAUUCUUAGUUAUUCCCUCAACAAUACAGAGAAAGAUGAGUAUAGUAUUUAGUUUUGAAAAUAUAGUAUUUAAUGGCUAGAAGAUGUUCCCAUCCAUUAUAAUUGUACACUAAUAAAUGUUAGCAUGUAAAUUUGUGUAUUUUUUGCUGGAAAAACCAGGUUACCUCCC